AUGGAUUCUUUGGUCAAAUUGGGUUUGUUGAUAUCAGUUUUGUUUUUCCUUCAGCAAACUAGUUCCCAGUUAGUUGUCAACGUGAAAAAUCGCGGAGGAGAUGUUGUGAUUGAAACUAUACAGGCUAACACGUCUAAUGACGUAGUGCAACUCCAGUUCCAGAACACAGACGGAACGAUUGUGCACCAACUAAUUGACUACAAAUCUGAGGCCCAAAUUUUCAGAGCUCAUGUUCUGUGGGAAGAAGAGCAGGGAUUUUCCCAGUACAAACCACAAGUGUUAUGUUUUGUUACUCGCUUCAACAAAAAUGAGUUUAUAUCAGCGGAUGCUAUGUCAAAAUUAAGACAGAAAAAUCCAACAGCUAUUCGUCAGCCAGAGGAGGAACGCCCCCCAGAGUUACACACAAUGGACACUCAGGUUUACUUAGACCGUGGAGGACUUAUCUCCCCUCAUCUUACAGCUACCUGUAGUGAUACAGUUGAUUCCAUUUAUACUAAGGAAAGUGACAUCAGAUUGUGGGCCAGAGCUCCAGGGAGAGAUGGUCUUAUGAGCACUGUACAGCGACUUUACCCAACUAAAUACCAACACUGUCACCAAGUGGAGGAUGCCACAAAGCCGUGUUUAUGUACAUAUAGUCUUACUGUGGGUUGGUACCCAUGUGGCCUUAAGUACUGUCGUGGCAAGGAUUCCACUGGCAAGUAUGUCAGUUACCGCUGUGGCAUCAAAACCUGUAAACGACAUCUCUCCUUUGACUAUGUAUCCAAACAGAAAAUGUAUUGUAUGUGGGAUGAGACCUGAUGGAUGCAUGUAUCAUUAAGAUAGUGGUUAAAAUAUGUUUAAUGUGAAAUGAACACACUGGCCUUGCUCGGGUGCAUAGUUUCUGAUACACAUACAAAUAAGUCAACAAUACUCAGUGUAUUGUAUUCAUGAUUGGCUCUAGUAAAAUGUGGAUGUAUACAGCAUGAAUGUUUGAGCUUUGUGAAGUAAUUUUGUGAAAAGAGCUAUUGGUAUUGAAUAAGCCGUAGUCUCGCAUUACAUAAUUUUCUUUUGAGAGUUAAUUUACAGAGACUGAAAGGAUCAAGCUUGCACCAUUUUGCUGUAAUUUCAAACGUUCCUGUGCUAAAUCUUAAGCUGUACAUCCAAAGUUACAACAGUGAUGGACAUAGGUUUCUGAGGUACAGCUGGGUGAGAAAUGCUAUACGCUUGUCUUGAAGCUACCAGUUGGAGUCGGAAAACAAAAUAUCAGAUGUCUCAUAUGUAAAUGUGUACCAGAGCUCACAUGUUGAAACUUCAGGCACAUUAGAACCCAAUUGUGUAACAAUAUAUUGGAAGUCUGGCAUAUCAAAACUUGCAUGGUACCUGGUAAAUGUUCGUCUUCAGAAGUUGUAUGUGUAACAAAGUAUUAGAACUUUCAUGUGUAAUGUUGUGUGAAAAGUUGAAUAUGUAAAAGAAUAUUCGCAAGUGUGCCGGUAUAUCAGAACUAAUGUAAAGGUAUACAAGAGUCUACAUGUGUAACUAAAUGAGAGUGUAAGGGUGUGCAAGAGCAGUGGUGUAUCAUAGCCUGCACAUGUAAGAAUGUGGCAGAACACCAACAGCAAAGGUCUUUCACAGCUUUGUAUUAAAACUUUAGUGUGUAACAUUGUAUCACAGCUUUUAGAUGUUAAGUGAAUUGGACAGGUGUAUACAAAUACCUGGUAGAUGUAAUACUAUUCAAAGUACUUUCUGUUGUAUUGUACUGUUUGAAGAUCUUAAGAAUCCAUGUUUUUGUGUUUGCAAUGUCGGCAACCUCUUGUCCAACAAUAUGUGGUCAUGACCUUCCAAAUCUUCAGUAACAAGGUGUUUUAAAGGAUAUUUAGAUAGAAAGACUUUAUAAUCAGUUUUUAUUGUACAGUUACCACAUCUAUAUGUAUUUAGAUGAUGUUCUAUGUUAUAUUUAAACAUUUGUUUGACUAUGUUAUAUCAAAAGAAAAAAAAUUUUGGAAACUUUUUAAACACUGAUCAAAAGUAAAGACAUGUUGGGUAAUUCUAGUAUUUUUCUUGAUUUGAGCAGGUCAUGAUAUGACCAAUAUCAGAUGAAAUCAUGUGAGUUGUUGACAUUAUUUUAGACAAUAUGUUUUACAUUGUUGCUAGUGUCAGAUGAAUGUUUAACAAAUAAAUAUGUAUGAUCAAUUAUGAAAUUUUAUACCAGUAUUUACAUGUUAUACAAAGAACUAUGAUAAUCUUAUAUUUGUAAUAUUAUUGGUCAGAAGACUUUCAAAGUCUCGAACACCAGAAUGUGCUUACAUUGUUGUUUUAAUGUUUUAUUUUUGUUGCAGUAUAUAGUUAAGAUAUGCCAAUAUCAGCAUGAAUUAAAAAGAUUUACA